AGGGAAAGAUGGAGUCGGGGCCACCAUGGACUCGAUGGAGCUGGAGAGGCAGAGAGGCAUCACCAUCCAGUCAGCUGCCACAUACACCGUCUAUAAGGAUUACAACAUCAACAUCAUCGACACCCCAGGCCAUGUGGACUUCACCAUCGAGGUGGAGCGAGCCCUGCGUGUUUUGGACGGGGCGAUCCUGGUCCUAUGUGCAGUUGGAGGGGUCCAGUGCCAGACCCUGACUGUGAACAGACAGAUGAAACGCUACAACGUUCCCUUCCUCACCUUCAUCAACAAGCUGGACCGCAUGGGAGCCAACCCCAGCCGCGCCCUGCAGGCCAUGAGGACCAAGCUGAGCCACAACGCAGCCUUUGUGAACAUCCCCAUCGGUCUGGAGGGGAACAUGAAGGGCAUCAUAGAUCUCAUAGAGGAGCGCAGCAUGUACUUCGAGGGCCCAUUCGGACAGAAUAUUCGGUUAGAUGAGAUCCCGGUGGAGUUCCGUGUGGAGGCUGCAGACAGGAGACAGGAGCUGGUGGAGUGUGUGGCUAACGCUGACGAGACCCUGGGCGAGAUGUUCCUGGAGGAGAGGAUCCCCACCGUGCCAGAACUCAAGACAGCCAUACGCAGGGCCACAGUGCAGCGUCUCUUCAGCCCCGUGCUGGUGGGAACUGCCCUGAAGAACAAGGGGGUCCAGCCUCUAUUGAACGCAGUGCUGGAUUAUCUGCCCAACCCCACAGAGGUCAACAACUACGCCCUCUUCAACGAUGAGGAGUCCAGUGACAGUACUAAGAUCCUGAUGGAUCCCACCAGAGACGCCUCGCAGCCCUUCGUUGGCCUGGCCUUCAAACUGGAGGCGGGUCGGUUUGGUCAGCUGACGUACGUGCGUGUGUACCAGGGCUGUCUGAAGAAGACAGAGUAUAUCAUCAAUACACGCACUGGCAAGAAGGUCCGUGUGCAGAGGCUGGUGCGUCUCCAUGCUGACCAGAUGGAGGAUGUAGAGGAGGUGUAUGCAGGGGACAUCUGUGCCCUUUUUGGGAUCGAUUGUGCCAGCGGAGACACCUUCACCUCCCGGACCAGCGCCAACCUCUCCAUGGAGUCCAUCCACAUUCCAGAGGCUGUCAUCUCCAUGUCUAUGAAGCCGUCCAACAAGAAUGACAUGGAUAAGUUCUCUAAAGGCAUCAACCGCUUCACCAGAGAAGACCCCACGUUCAGGGUCCACUUUGACACAGAAAGCAAGGAGACUAUCAUCUCUGGUAUGGGAGAGCUGCACCUGGAGAUCUACUCACAGAGGAUGGAGAGGGAGUAUAACUGCCCCUGUGCGAUGGGAAAACCAAAGGUAUCCUUCAGGGAGAGCGUGACCAGUGCGGUACCGUUUGACUUCACCCAUAAGAAGCAGUCUGGUGGUUCUGGGCAGUACGGUAAAGUGAUAGGAGUUCUGGAACCUCUGGACCAAGAGAACUACACAAAAGUGGAGUUUGAAGACCAGACUGUCGGAACUAACAUCCCCAAACAGUUUGUGCCGGCUGUUGAGAAGGGAUUCAGAGAGGCCUGUGAGAAAGGCCCUCUGACUGGUCACAAGAUCUCAGGUAUCAAGUUCCUAUUGGAAGACGGAGCGCAUCACAUGGUGGACUCGAAUGAGAUCUCCUUCAUCCGUGCAGGGGAGGGUGCUCUUAAACAAGCCAUGGAGAAGGCCAACGUUGCCGUGCUGGAGCCAAUCAUGUCAGUAGAAAUUGUGGCGCCCGAUGAGUUCCAAGGGACUGUCAUCGCCGGGGUCAACCGUCGCCAUGGCGUCAUCAGUGGGCAGGAUGGGGCGGAGGGCUACUUUACUUUGUAUGCUGAUAUUCCACUGAAUGACAUGUUUGGUUACGCCACAGAGCUCCGGUCCUGUACAGAGGGGAAAGGAGAGUACACCAUGGAGUACAGCAGAUACCAGCCCUGUCUGCCUGGCACUCAGGAGGAGCUCAUCAACAAAUACCUGGAGUCAACAGGACAGCUGCCUGCCAAGAAGGGGAAGUGGAAGAACUGAGCGUGGACCACCCCCACACACACAAUCACUGAAUUGUAAACACAUUGCAGUACUGCAAUGGAAUGCCCGACAAACACAAACAGCGCUCAACCUGCUGUAAACAUACUGGGCCCUGCCUUACCAAGGUGGGUGUAUUAUAUCGUAUGUGCAUUCAAAAUGCUACAAAUGGUCAGACAGAUGACCAAGUGAUUUCCUUGAUUCACCCUCGUUUUCCGUCAUACUCUCGUCCUAAAGUAUCUAUUUUAAUUUGGCCUCGGCUCUCCAGCAAACAGCCUUGUCCCCACAGCCUAGCAGUUAUUAUGAAGACUUGAGGCGAGCUCAAAGUUUGGACUUCAACUUGGGCAUGUAUAUUAACUGGUUUUGUACUAUGUACAGCAUGUUGUUGUUAUAAUGAAUAUGAUUAAAUAAGAUUUAUCUAA